AGGGGUUAUAGGCAUAGGCUGAUUAUAGGCUUGAAUUUAGGGUAGGGAGGAUAUUUCAACAGAGGUGGUUUAAAGUUCAGAAUAACAGGGGAGGGGGAUCUACAGUAUUACUUCAUGAGACUGCAUCAGACUGUUCCAACAGCAUGAGACUGCUUCUAAGAGGACGGAUUGCUUGAAGUGCAUUAGACGGCUUAUAGCACAAAAAUAUAUAAAACAUGUCACGAGGUGUGGAAAGGAAGAAGUCCUGGUGGUUGAGUUGCUGCUCCUGUUGUUCAUCCUCUAGAGGAGAAGAUACAGAGGAUAAUUGGAGACCUGGUGAUAGAAAUAUUGGUGGAGGAAUCUCAGGUGGAGGAAUCUCCGGUGGACGAAUAUCAGGUGGCGAAAUCUCAGGUGGAGAAAUCUCAGGUGGAGAGAUCUCAGGUGGAGAAACUUUAGGUGGGGGAGUCUCAGAUGGAGGAAUCUCAGAAGAUGGAAACAAUGACAGACGAUUCAACAGAGAACCGGGGAGAAGAGGAAGCAACGCGGAUGAAGUACCAUCUGGGCCCUCCAUUCCAGGGUCAUCUUUGCAAAUUCAAAGCGUGGACCUCCUUAAAUCGCGGAAUGGAGAAACACGUCGAGCCCAUCACACCGAAGAGUAUGAGUAUGAUGAAUUAAUCAUAAGGAGAGGGCAGCCCUUCCAGGUCUGCAUUACGUUCCAAAGGGCAUUCGUUCCUAACAGUGACCAAGUCUGUAUCUUGCUACAACAAGGAAACUCCCAGCCAGUUACCUUGAACCUGGUAAAGGAGUUUGAUGAGGGUCGUUGGGGAUGUCAAGUGGCUGAUGUAAGCGGUCAGAAGGUGACACUGUGGGUGAACACCUCUGCUCAGGCUGGUGUGGGAAAAUACCAGCUUAGUGUUAAAAGUGGGGGAGGAUCUUACAAUGACCCCAGUCUGAAGGUCUAUAUCCUGUUUAAUGCAUGGUGUCGCUUGGAUUCUGUAUUCAUGGAUAAUGAAGCUUGGCGUCAGGAAUAUGUUCUCAAUGAGAUUGGGAGGAUUUAUUAUGGUACAGAACAUCAAAUUGGGGAACGUUCCUGGAAUUAUGGACAGUUUGUUAAAGGAGUUUUGGAUGCUGUAAUGUAUGUACUGGACCGUGGAGGCCUCUCUCCUUCAUCACGAGGAGAUCCAAUAACUGUCACACGAGUGAUAUCUGCUAUGGUAAAUUCCAUGGAUGAUAAUGGUGUCGUUGCUGGCAGCUGGUCUGGUGAAUAUGCUGAUGGGGUGAAUCCUGUUGCAUGGGUUGGCAGUGUGGAUAUUCUGCUCAAGUAUCACCAGACAGGGUCAUCUGUGAAAUAUGGGCAGUGCUGGGUGUUUGCUGCUGUUACCACAACAGUGCUCCGCUGUCUGGGAAUUCCAGGACGUACUGUCACCAAUUUUGCAUCCGCUCACGAUACUGAUGGAAAUCUAACUUUUGAUGUUUUUUUUGAUGAGGACAUGAAGCCAUUAGAGGAUAAAAACAGUGAUUCUAUCUGGAAUUAUCACUGUUGGAAUGACUGCUGGAUGACACGCCCUGACCUGUCUGCUAAAUACAAUGGAUGGCAGGCUAUAGAUGCAACUCCUCAAGAGACCAGCCAUGGUAUAUACUGCUGUGGUCCCUCUCCUCUACUUGCAGUUAAGGAUGGAUUAGUAAAUAUAAAAUAUGACACUCCGUUCAUUUUUGCUGAGGUGAACAGUGACAAGGUCUUCUACCAACGGAUGCCCAAUGGGAAGUUUAAGAAGGUUCAUGUUGAAGAGCGAGCAGUCGGACACUUUAUCAGCACUAAGGCUGUGGGGUCAAACGCAAGAGAGGAUAUCACUUAUCUGUACAAACAUCCUGAAGGUUCUGCAGCAGAACGUAAUGCAGUGCGCACAGCUGCGCAGUAUGGUAACAAGCCAUUGGCAGAGGUAGAGACAGAUGAUACAAGUGAUGUGUCACUUACCAUUGACUCACAGGAUGGAGUCAGCAUGGGCAGCGACCUCAUUGUUCGUGUCCUGGUGAACAAUGGCAGCAGUAGCCGUCGCUCAGUGUCCUUAUCUAUGUCCGUCGCUGUUAUGUUUUAUAAUGGGGUCUGCAAAGAAUCAUUCAAGAAUGAAGCUUGUGAAAUAAGUCUGAACCCUGGAGAAUCUAAACCAGUUGGAAUGACCGUGAGAUACAGUGAAUAUCGUACACAGCUUGUCGAUCAGUCAGCCAUGAUGCUAACAGUGUCUGGAAUUGUGAAAGAAUCUGGACAGAAAUUAGCCAAACAGCACACAUUUAGGAUACGAACCCCAGAUCUCAUCAUCAGGGUACAUGGUGAAGCUUUGGUUGGCCAACAAAUUGUGGCAGAAAUUAUCUUCCAGAACCCUCUCCAAACAACAUUGCACAAUGGCCGUUUCCAUGUGGAAGGGCCUGGUUUACAGAGGCCAAAGGUUGUACCAGUUGGAGAUAUUGGGCCUAUGAAAACAAUCUCUAUCACUGAACGAUUCACACCUCAUCGUCCUGGUCCUCGUCAACUCAUGGCAAGUUUCGAGAGCAAUGAGAUGAGUCAAGUACAUGGAGUUGCUGAAGUUGUUGUUCAAGGUUGAUCUAAUCCUGAGCCAAAUCCUGUUUCAUUCAAAGCCACACUAGUAAUUGCUCAGUGUUAUUGGAUGACAUGGAAGCACAAUAAUGAGCUCACAUUGAAAAAAUGCUGAAGGUCUCCUUUUUAAGUAUUCAGUUUCUACAAUAUGAAGACAUCCCAAAAGACCAAUGUGAUCUCAUACAGACUUGACCCUUCACAAGCUGACAAGAAAUCAUGGAUAGAGGCCUAAUUCAUAUGAAAAACAUGCUUUUGAGGGUACCACUCAAAAUGAAAUGGAUGCUGUAUCAGUUAUUCAGUUACUAAGCUAUAUACCACUCACUACAGGCUAGGCCAUUCCACUGUAUUGGAGUAAGUCUUUGGAGAGAGUUUUUGAGUAAGCAUAUGGAGAGCAAUGUCAAUUCCAGACUCUUAUUAUCCACUAAUGGAUGGUACAUGUUAGUGAAUCGAAGACCGAUAUAUGUAAUAAAUUGAACUGAAAAUCUGAGACACUUUUCACAAAGACCAAAUGUGUGAUAUAGGUAGAUGUCACAUUUUAGACAAAUAAAAUAGGAUGAGUAUCCUGGGUGAACAAAAGUAUGACAGUAUUUGCAGUAUAAUCCUCAUAACUGUGAGCAUUAAAGAAUCACCUGUGUAUAUUAUACAUAUUUAUUCAUUCUAAAUAAGAUUGUAUUUUGCUGGUAUACUUAUUUUAAAAUCUCAUUGAAGAAACCAAAGUAUAUGUGUUCGACAUAUGGAUCCUUGGUGCAGUUAUUCUACAUAUGUCCAUUCUGCACUGGUCUCCUUACUUUUCCUUGUCCAUUUUUUAAUGUAUGUAAAACCCUUUUGUUAGAGAAAAGAUGGUAGCUACGAUACACAUAACUGCACUUGCCUUCAGACAGAGGCUUUCUGUAAUAUGAAGGCAGCAUUCCUAGGAGAGUCCAUGAUCAAUGCAUUCCCCAGACCUUGCACACCCCCUCCCUGACUGUAUAUGUGGACUACAUAUAUACAAGGGGAGAGCCACAACCCUUGUGUUUUACCAGUCUAUCUGUCAAAGCUGUUCUGUGACUGGUGGGCACACAGACUGUGAUCAGAUAAAGCACUGGAUUUGUAUGUGCACUUUUUACGUAAUUGUAUUUGAAUGUGUUAAUAAAUAUUUUAUAUUAUAUGG